AUUUUAUUUGUUUUGAUCCACAUAUCUUGUGGGGUUUUGCCUUUUUUUUGCUACAUUUAAUUUUCUGGGUAUAUUUCAAUCUAGUUUUUAAGCUUAUGAUUGUUGUUGUACUGUUAAAAGUCGGUAGUUCUUUUCUCUGGUACUACUGGGACCCAAUGAUUUGGGUAUUGGAUCCAAGGAGCUUCACAAUUUUUUUUUUUUUUUUUUUUUUUUUUUGGGUUAUUUGUUAUGUUCAUGUAGUGAUCAUGUUUCUGUAUUAUUUGUAUCAUUGCGGGGUGGGGGGUUUGGAAAUAAAUAUUGUAGUUGCAAUUCUUUGAUUUGCAAAAAGAUGUAAUUUUGAUGGCUGUAAAGAGGAAAAUCUGGCAUAGUUUUAUCUUUUAAUGGAUACAGAUACUUCAGAUGCUGAAUCGACUAGUCGGAGAGCUGGUCUCUUAAAGGACCAGGUUCGACUAGUUAAGAGAAAAGAUUGUGAUCGAUAUGAGAUUGUCUCAAUACCAGAUAAUUUGUCAUUUGAGAAAGGAUUCUUCAUUGUAAUCCGAGCAUGCCAGUUGUUGGUUCAGAAGAAUGAUGGACUGAUAAUGAUAGGAGUAGCUGGUCCCUCUGGUGCCGGAAAGACUGUAUUUACUGAGAAAAUACUGAACUUUAUGCCAAGCGUUGCAGUUAUCUCAAUGGAUAACUACAAUGAUGCUAGUCGAAUUGUUGAUGGAAACUUUGAUGGUAAGAAUGCAUUUACCUUCUUUUCCCAAACGGUGCUUCGAGAUGCCUCUGAGUAUAGGUUAGAAUUAGGUGAAUGAGAGUGCAAAAGAAGCUGGUUGAUAAGAGGGAAACAACUUUUGAAUUUCAUCAUUUCCUUUAAACAUUUCAGGAUUACACCAAAGUGGUAAGAUUAAUUGAACUCCA